AUGGGUAUUGAGACAGGUGAAAACGGUCUCCUUGGUAACUACACUACAGCGUACUUGACUGUCCUAUCAAACGAUGACCCUUAUGGCAAGCUUUUGUUCCCGUCCCAAUCACGUGACGUUAAGAUUCCUGAGGACUUUGAACCUGGAUUCAAGAACACUACUAUCAAGAAUCUGACCGUGAUGCGCGAACAAGGAGACUGGGGUGAUAUCCAGGUUGUCUGGGAAAUCGUCACCUCAGAAGCCAGCAUCAAGACACAUUACACGUAUGAUUUGAUGUUCCUUGGUGAUGUGAGAUCUGGUGUUACGAUGAAUCCAAGCAAAAAAAGGGAUAGAACAAACACUAAUGUGUAUUGCUUUGAUGCAAGUAAAAGUGGAUCUUACGCGACUGUAUCUUCAUUGAACGGACUUUCAACCAAAGAAAUCACUAUAAGUUCAUGGCUACAGCCCGCUAAGUCAACGUUUGGUUACUUGUUGUCCUAUGCUGUUGGAGGGGACAUUGUCUAUGCUUUGGCUGUCAAUACCACGGCUUCUACUUCUUCUCUCUUUUUUGAAUUUGAUGAUUCAAAUGUAACUGUUGCUUUGGGCGUAGAUUUUGCUGACAACGCUUGGCAUAUGGUAGUCAUCACUCUUAAUUUUGGAACUGGAGUGGCAAAAUUCUAUCUUGCUGGAUCACAGAAACUUACAUGGAAUUUUGCAGGGAGAUCGGUAGAUACCAGUGGUACAUUCACUGUCGGUGCCUUACAACCAGAUCAGCAAAAGUACACUGGAUGUAUCCAAGACAUCAGGAUACAAGCAGCUGUGCUUGAAGGAAGUACUGUUGAGGAAAUGCCGAAAGCUAUAAAUGAUUUUAAACAACUGAAUGGUUAUCUUGACUUCCCGGCUGGUGUGCGUCACAGAAACAUCGAAAUACGCACUGUUGAUGAUGACCUGCCCGAAGAAGAUGAAAAGUUCCCWGUAAUCCUAUUAGCACCAAAAGGUGGUGCUACCUUGGAUGAAAACCAUGCUAAGGCUGUGCUCACUGUUCUCAAGAGUGACAACGCUAAUGGUCUGUUUGGGUUCGAACGCAUUUCGCCCAUCACUAUGUCAGAAGUGAGCAAUCAGAGCAUAACCAUAACAAGAGAAAAGGGCAAGGCAGGCCAAGUUACUGUGUCGUGGGGAGUGUAUAAAAGUUACAGAGAUUUGCAAUUGGCUUCAGAUGAUUUUGAACCUUACCAGGGAAGCAUUGUCUUCGAAGACCAGGAAGAGACAAAGAGUAUCGUCAUAUUUCCACGAGACGACAAUCGUCCAGAACUAGACGAACACUUUGUCCUGAAGCUAGUGUCGUCAGAAACAGGCGACAGCGAGAACACAAGUACACCAACAAGUGGAGCCAGUCUGGAUCCCAACUUAACGUCCAUCAACAUCACCGUCAUCAAGAAUGACUUUCCGUUUGGCUUGCUGCAGUUCAUGGACCGAGUUCCUGCAUGGAAUGAUACCAUACCACCUGCUGUUGAUGCUUACUAUAAAAACGUUUGGGAAAAUAGUGGAAGCGUACGGCUUGUUGUCGUACGUGCACAGGGAGUUAAUGGUGAGGUGAAAUGUUUUUGGAAGAUAGAACCCCAGUCUGCAAAACCAGCUGUUGAUUACGUAAAUGAUGCAGGAGAAGUGAUCUUUCCAUCUGGUGUUCGCAACAAUACGAUAGCCAUUAGACUAAAAGAUGAUGGCAAUGUUUCUGAGCUCAUCAAGACUUUCAAAGUUGUCCUGUAUAAUCCAAUUGAAGGAGCAAAYCUUAGUUCGGUCGCUUCAACUGCAAUAGUCAAUAUUCUUCCAAGUGACGAUGCAUUUGGGGUCUUGAAUUUUACACAAGAUUCCAUCGAAAAGACUGUAGAGGAGUCAGCGUCUGUUGUCCUGACAAUCAUGCGCAGUGCAAGCAGUCUUGGCCCCGUCACAGUGUACUGGAAAGCCAUUGGUCCUCACCAAGAUGACCUGAUGCCAAUGGAAGGCAAUGUAGAACUACCCACAGGAAAAGAAACAGCGCAAAUUCAAUUCCGAGUAGCUGACGAUGCGUCGCCUGAGCUGUCAGAAAGUUAUCUUAUCCAGCUUGUGAAUGUGUCGUCUGGAAGACUUGCAGCGACUGGUACAGUCAGUAACAUCACCAUUAUCGCCAAUGAUCACCCGUACGGGAUCUUUCAGUUUAAUCGCAGCGUCGUAUCUGUACCAGAGAGUAACAAAAAUGUUACUGUAGUCUUCAACAGGGAAAGAGGUGUCCUUGGAGCGGUACGAGUGCACUAUGAAACCAUGAGCAAUGGAGAUAUGUUCGGGAGUAUUAGACAGAAGGCUUUAGCAGGGGAAGACUUUGUGGCAUCGAACGGCUAUAUUGACUUUUCUGGAGGACAGAAGAACGCUUCAUUCGUGAUUCAAAUCUUGGAUGACGACAUACCUGAAAAUGAAGAGACUUUAUUAGUGAACCUGACAAGAGUAGAGAUUGUCAAGCAACUGCCAGUUAUUCCAGUUCCAACUAACUCGCCCGUGAUUGGCCGUUCUAACAUCGCUCAGAUCAGGAUCUUGAAGAACGAUAAUGCAAGCGGCGUGUUCCAGCUGUCUGCUAGUAAUGUAGAUGUUACAGAACCUUACUCAGGUGCAAUUGUGAAUGUUACAAGGACAGCGGGACACUUCGGUGAAGUGUCCGUUUACUUCGAAGUCAUUCCAAACUCAGCUUCCACGUCAGACUAUAAUAUCCCGUACAAGAACAUUAUCUUCAAAGAUGGACAAAGAAUUGCCUCAGUACCAAUACAAAUAGUGGAUGACAGUACCCCGGAAUACGAUGAAACAUUCACUAUUAGGCUCCUGUCAUCUGAUGGGGAUGCGUUGCUUGGAAGUCCUCUGGAAUGUCUUGUAACCAUCGCUGCCAACGACUACCCUCAUGGUAUAAAAGUACUGUGGCACUACCCAACAGUUCUAUCCCUGAGCCUCCACGGUGGACCUACCUUUGUCGAAGGUCGAAACUGCUUUGUAUGAAUUCCUAAAGUUGAACUUCGUGGCAAGAGUUUCACCAUUGCUCUCUGAGUUAAAGUGAAAAGCAUCCUCGACGAUAGAGUCGGGGGAGGAAGCGGAAUCACUUACUUUUAAAGAUUCAUGAUUCCUUACCAAUUUUCAUCGAUGAUUCAUGAUUCCUUGUCAAUUUUUUUUGUGAUUCAUGAUUCAGAAUUCCAUCUACAUGAUUCAUGAUUCUCUCUACUUUAAACUCAAAGAUUCAUGAUUCCUGCAAAUUUCAAAGUCGUGAUUCAAGACCCCUGAUACCGCCUCACCCCCGAGAUAGAG